UGAGAAGGAAGAACAAUAUUCAAAGAAGACAAGCCAGGUACCUGAAGAGCAUGUACAGCGACAGUGCUAUACUAUAAAGUCGGGCUCGUAAACUUCUAAACGUUCGUCCAAAAACGGAAAAAAAAGAAGCACUGCACUGUCCAGGAUCGUUCGUACUCAGCAGGAAUCUAUAGCUGAGAAGAAGGAAAGGGUCAAAACUAGUCCUGUAAGACCCACUCGUCUCUCCACCGAUCGUUUGUGUAGCUUAAAAGAAAGACUUUUCUAUCUAUACACGUGCCUUUUAAAAGAUUGAAAAAGAAAAGAAAAAAAGAAAAAAGAAAAAAAAAACACAUUAUUGCUUUUCCUUUUGCACCUGCGAUCGUCGAGGGAUCCCUUUUUCAACCGUCCAGUGUUCGAUACCGAAUAUAUUAAUAUCAAACGUGACUACAAUUUAAUAUAUAUGGAUUAUAUUAUCUCCAACAACAUUAAUAAUAACAAAAAUAAUAAUAAUAGUAAUAAUAAUCAUAAUAAUAAUAACAAUAAUAAUAAUAAUCAAUAAUCAAUAAUAAUAAUAAUAAUAAUAAUCAUAAUAAUAAUAAUAUUAACAAGCUACAUGGAUUAUAAAAUCAUAAUCAUGUUUUUGAGAAAAAUCUGCUUAUAUUUUAACGUUCAAUGAUAUUUUUCUGAUUUCAUACUUAAGGGUUAGACGAUCAAUUUUGAUAUUUAUCGAUCAUUAUAAUAAUUCAACUUCGACGAUCAGAGGUCCGAGAAACUGCGUAUCAUCUUACAAAAAAGUUAAUACAAAUUCAAACGAAGUAUGUAUGUACAUUGUAUGUGAAACAUAUAAAUGGUGGUUUAAUAUUACAUUACAUAUAUAAUAUUUUCUUACUGAUAAAAGAGACGAGAGGACAGAAUUAUUUGACAAGUUUAGUUACUCGGUCCCACAUCCACUCUUCUUUCCCUUCGAUUUUGUUUAUAUUCAUCGAUCUAAAAGGAAAGAAUCAAAGGACCAUCGAACGAUGUAUUUACAUAUCAAGAAAUGAUAUUUUCUCUCCUUAUUAUUAUUAUUUGUUAAAUUUCGAAGAAUAACAUUUAGUGUAUGUCAUAUUCAAACAUUUAAUAUAUAUCAAUUCCUUUCUUAAUUUUGAAAUUUUAUUUAUUUUUUAAAUGAAUGGUUGAUAAAUAAAAUAAUGCAGAAAUACAUAAAGAAAACAAAAAGAAUGUGUUGAAUUAAUUUUGUAUAUAUCGUCAAUUCGUUUUUGUAUUUCUGUUAAGACGAAAGUUUGAGAACCUCUGGGAACUCUUCGACCGUCUACGUAUACACACCUUUGUUGUAUAAAUGUGUGUGAGUGUAUGAUAUCAUGUAUGACGUCAUCCUAUGGAUCAGUUCAUGGUAGAGCUUGAGAAGACGUACGCACUUCAGUCAUUCGCAGACGGUCAUCUUGCGAGCAUCUACCUUUGAGGUCUCAUCAUAAUAAACAAUCAUGUCUCAUUCCGUAAUAAUUAGAACGCAAACAGUGACGACCAACUCGACUGCGAUUGUUAUUAAUACAGGAUAUAUAAAAACUUGGAGUGGAAUUUUAAAAUUUUUACAACUCGCUUUGGGAAUCGUAUGCGUAGGCAUUGCCGGCGAUCAAUUUAGACCAGGAUAUUAUCGUACAAUCACGGAUGUAUUCUUCCUUUUAAUAGUAACAACGUUUAUGAUAGGAACAUUCAUUUUGUUGCUAAGCUGUUUGGCUUCUCUUUCUACCGCAUCUAUAAUAUCAAAAACGAUAUAUGAAUUAUUUUAUCAUGCAAUAGCAUUUGGACUUGUCCUUUCUGCAGCUCUGACAUUAUUGAUACAAGUACAUAAAAAUAAUUCCAGAGAAUACGAAUUGUUGUUAGGUGCUUCUAUUUGCGGACUCGUAAAUUCAGCCCUGUAUUUGCUCAGUACAAUAAUAGCACUUCGUACAUACAGGGGUAUUUAAGUGCUAUUGACCUAAUGGCUCCAGUUAUGAACAAACGAUGGAAACUAACUUUCUUAUAUUUAUAAUGCUUCAAAUCAAUUUAAUUGGAAUAUAUAUUUAUAUAUAUAUAUAUAUAAACGAUUCGACUGCCAAAUAUUUUUUAAAUAGUACUCGUUUGGCGGUUUAAAUUUGUGCAAGUGACAUUAGAAUUAACGUGGUAUUUAUUUAUUAUUUUUUGGUAAUGUGUAACACAUAAAUAUUUAUAAUAUCUUUGUAGAAAUCUUGUUUAUACCGUGGUAUCUAUGUAAAGUGAGUCAUUUAAUAUUUUUCAAUUAAAAUAUUUUGUUAUAUACACAUAUAUACACACGUUUAUAUAUAUUCUUAAAAUAUAAUAUAUUUACAAAGAUUACUUUCUAUAUAGAAUUUUGAAUGACUCACUCGAUACAAUUGUUGGAUCUCAUUCAUUAUUUUGUAAUUUUUAUCACGUACAGUUAUCAACUAUACUAUCUACAAAUAUAAUUAUAAGGAUUAAUAUACGCUUAAAUUGAUGUGAUCGAUUUCAUCGAUGUCAUUUAAAGUUAAUAAGUAUGUGUAUCUUGACUUGUGUGAAUGAAAUUAUUUAAUAUAAUAUAAUAUAUAACAUCGAA